CUAAACUUUGUAAUGUUAAUUUUAUAUAACAUUAAAAUUUUUAUUAUCUUUUUACAGCUGCAGCCUGUAAACAAAGAUGGCAAGGGCUCAGAGAUGCGUACAGAAGAGCAUUAAACAAGAAAAAAAGGAAAAACUGGACAGGCAGCGAAAAAAAUGAAAAAAUGGAAGUAUGAAGACGAGAUGUCAUUUGUCGCUCCGUUCUUCUUAGAAAGAAAAACUUUGGAUUCUGUCGAGCUUACAAGCGAUGACGAAGAUCCUGACAAUGAUCAUGAAACAGGUGAAAUCGACCCGAAUACAUUGGAAACCCCUAUUGAAAAUGAAGUCAAUGAUACUGCUGCUAUACAUGUUACCGAUUCCAAUACGAUAGUUACUGUAACUCAGACGGAAGUUGAAAAUGCUGUCCAAAAUACUAACCUAGAUCAUAAUCAAAGAAAGAAGGCGAAGGCAGUAAAGAAGGUUAAAACUCAGACAGCACCACCAUCAGCAUCUGCUGUAUUGAUGGCAAAAUUACUAGACGAGCAAAACAAAAUUGGACCACAACGCGAACCCGACGAGUUAGAUCGUUUCUUUUUAAAUAUAUCUGAUACAACUAAGAAAUUUUCACCAUAUCAACAAGCACUGCUAAAGAACAAGAUAUUUUUACUAGUUUCCGAAAUGGAAAUACAGCAGCUUGCGCCACCUAACGUAACGUCUUCGUUGCCUCAAUGCACUUAUAUGAAUACCUACACACCAUCUCCGCAAUCGGCGGCAUCCAGCAUUCCAGCAAGUGCUACUCCAAUGUCGCUAUCUCCUAAUAAUUGGAACGAGCAAUCACAAGGCUUUGUUUAAAUAAAACAACUUAAUUGACUACUACUUUGUCAUAAGAAUUAUAAAUAUUUCAAAUAAAAGUGAUUUAAGUACAUAGUUAUAUAUUAAUUUCACUUACCGUAGACAUACAGCUAGCUUUUCCUUAGGUGACAAACUUUCUCUAAAAUUAGUGUUUCUUUUGGUAAUAUUAUUUUCGAUUUUCCCCAGCAAUUCAUUAAAUUGAAAUGACAUCAUACGAAAAUACUGGAAAAAUUUUUCUUCAUCAUCAACUAGGUGCCUAUAUAAAGUCCAAUAUUCUCCCUCGGUUUUUCGUUUUCUUAGAGAUUCGUGAAUCCAGCAGCGUCGAAUGGUCUUUUUUUUCAUUUUCUUUUUCCUCCUCAUCGUCCAAAAUAAUGGCAAUCAUGGUCAGUUCUUUUAAAGAUAAUUUUCUAAUAGGCAUUGUAUUUUAAAGGAAUUUUACAACACAAUAAACUAUAUUAUACAUAUAGAUUGUAGUUCUCUCGACGACUGCUUCCGCGAUAAACAAAACAAAAUAAUCACAUAUACAACUGAUAGAACAG